ACCGACGCGCAGUUCCUCAUCCAGGCCACGUUCGGGCCCACCCGCGGCAGCCUGGAGGAGCUGCGCCAGACGACGGUGGAGUCCUGGGUCAGGACUCAGUUCUCGCUCCCCGCCGGGUCCCACCGCGAGUACUACCGCAAGCGGGUCAGCAGUCGGCUCACCGACGCCCCCCUCGUCGGCUCGCAGCGGUCCCGCUGCGCGGCGGGCUCCCGUUGGCACGCCUUCGCGUUCAGCGUCGCGGACGUGGGGAGGCGGGUCAACGUCACGGGCAACAGGACUCGGAACUCCUGCGGCCGAUUCUCCUGCCGACGGGGGGGCAGCGGAUACGUCGACGGCGCGCACCGCAGCGACAUCGACCCCGCGCUCUCCGGGAACGGCCUGCCGGCCUCCCCGGAGGGCAGCAGAGAGUUACCAGGCCCCCGACAACUGCACGGACGUCUGCUGGAACGGCUGCAACCCGGGCUGCAGCUCGAUCGCGUCGUGGGCUCAGUACGCGUGCGGCUUCACCUCGUCAACCUCCUGGGUCACCAACAGGUACUGCCGGCAGACCUGCUUUGA